GUGACUAUGAAUAAGAUUUUUAGUAACAGAUAUUUAUAAAGAAAAAGUAAAUGCUGAAGGGAGGCAGACCUGGUUAAGUGAUUCGAUGCACAAUGUUAGGUCUAUUCAACAUGAGCAACAAACCACCAAUAAGAGUCAAACGAGAUGAACUUGAGAUACGCCUGUUUGACCCAAAUAUAGACAACUGGGAAGAAGUGAAGAAAAUGGCCUUAACCUCAUACACUGAACCAGUUCCAAUAAUGAUGAAAGGCAAAUUAUUCCAUCCAAAGGUUAGCAGUGUAUUAGCAUUACUAGCAGCUGGAACCUUAUACCAAAUGAGACACUCAUUGAUGAACGGACUCAUAUUCCUGUUGGGGUUAUACUCCAUAUUGUAUUUCUUGUUAGUAUGGGGUGUUCUACUUUGGGAGCUGUCCAAACUGAGCGAUUAUCACAAUUUUGUAGAAUAUUGGACAGAACAUGACCAUAAAUUAUGGCUGCUCUUCCACAGGGGGAAACUUAUUGGCUCUAUUGGUGUAAAUGAACUGGAUGUUGGCAAGCGAGGUGAACUUACGCGUGUGGUUGUAGCAACUGAUUACAGGGGCAAUGGACUAGCUGAUUUGAUGGUUAAUUUUGUAAUAGACUAUUGCAAAAAGUACAACUAUGAUGAGUUGAUGCUAAGGACAAGUGUGCAUCAACAAAGUGCCAUGAGAGUCUACGAGAAAUGUGGUUUUACACGAGUUAGAAUGUUUACUCACUGGUUUAUCGAACCUAUAUUGGGUGUUCAGAGCAAUAUAUAUAAUAUAAAACUUCAAAAGAAACAAACAUGAAGAAAGUGAAAUGAUAUGCGGUAUAUAUCAUCUUCUAUUGACUCUUUAUACAGUAAAACCUGUGUAUAAUGACUAAUAUGGAACCAUAAAAAGUGCUCAGCUCACAGAUGGUUUUUACACAGAAAUAAAUUGACUCUCCUCUGAAAUUUGUUCACUAUCAAUAGGUUCUGUCAUUCACUAGAAAGAAGUGUUUGCCAGAUGAACACGUUUUGUUAUUAAUGACCAUAAGAGUACACUGUAUAUCCCUUACUAUAGAGUGGACAACA